AGCCUAAGGCAGUUGCGUCGAGUCGUUGAUUGAACAUAAUGACUUCCAAACUGGUGAUUGUCAUCGCUCUGGCCGUAGUGGCUCAGAUAUCGGCGACACCCUUGUUUUUUAACGUGAUCCAAGAUGCCGUCGAGCACAUGAAAGACGAAGCCCAAGAGAUUGCCAACAACAUCAACCAGGGCAUACAAGAUGCAAUUAACCAAGUCACCAACAGCAGCAGCGAAGCCGCAGCCAACGCCACCGCUUCUGCUGACGAUAGCAGCUCUGCAGUAUCAGCAGACAGCGAAACUGAGGAGGACACAUCUGAUUCCGCAUCUAACUCUGCAUCUGACUCCUCAUCCGACUCCGCAUCUGACUCCACGUCUGACUCCGCAUCUGACUCCACAUCUGACUCCACAUCUGACUCCACAUCUGACUCUGCAUCUGACUCCGAAUCUGCCUCUGCUUCUGACUCCAGCUCCUCAUAAGGAGACUGGCUGGAGAGUGAAAGUGAGAUCGAGAGCCUCUGAACCUGAGGAGGUUCACAGGACAACAUCUGUACCUGUGUUCAUGGCAUUACUCUGAAAUUUCCACUUUUAGCUUUUAAUAACAUGACUUUGACCAUUUAAUUCCUUAUAAUAACAGUGCCAAAUUUUCGAAAUAAACAUCUCUGACUCGCA